AUGAGCUCCAUCAAGUUUGUCGUGUCCUCUUUGGACACCAUCGCUGCCUCCAGGGAUGCACAACGCAUCAAGCAGCUAGGCGAGUCUGCCAAAAAGGCUCUCGAUGUCAUCAAGGAACAAGAGCAGCUUCCCGACCCAGAAAUCGUCUUUGCGCCCUUGCAACUCGCCACCCGAACCAAUAACUCCAAGCUCACCACCACCGCCCUCGACUGCAUCGGCAAGCUAAUAUCCUACUCGUACUUCUCGGCCGAAACGAAACAAGAGCCCGCCGAAGGUGACGCCCAACCACAGUCCCCGCUCAUCGAGCGCGCCAUCGACACAAUAUGCGACUGCUUCCAAGGAGAGGCUACCGAGGUUGAGAUUCAAUUGCAGAUUGUCAAAUCACUCCUCGCCGCCGUCCUCAAUGACAAGAUUGUCGUACACGGGGCUGGACUGCUCAAGGCUGUGCGACAGGUUUACAAUGUGUUCCUCCUUUCACGCAGCACCCCAAAUCAGCAAGUCGCUCAAGGCACCUUGACCCAAAUGGUUGGCACAGUCUUCGAGCGCGUAAAGACACGACUGCAUAUGAAGGAGGCUCGAUUGAACUUGGGAAUCCUCAAACACAGCUCUAGCAAUGUCACUUUCGACAACCAAGAAGGAACCAACGGGGCUGACGACCACGACGAUGGCCAUCACGCCCCUGGAGACGAGUCCGCCGAGCAGGAGUCCGGCGCAAAGCUCACCCUUAAAGAUCUGGAGCAUCGAAAGAGCUUUGAUGACUCUGCACUUGGCGAUGGGCCUACUAUGGUCACACAUAUUAAGCCGUCCAAGACCAACGGCGAAUCCGAGUCUUCAGGCCAUGGCACAAAUACUGCCGAUGAUGAAGACCAACUCGAAGCCGAAGAUGAGGUCUAUAUUCGCGACGCGUAUCUUGUCUUCCGAUCUUUCUGCAAUUUGUCGACCAAGGUACUUCCGCCAGAUCAGCUUUUUGAUAUCCGCGGCCAGCCGAUGCGAUCAAAACUCAUUUCGCUCCAUCUCAUCCACACCGUCCUGAAUAACCACAUCUCCGUAUUUACGUCACCGCUUUGUACCAUCAAGAAUUCCAAGAGCAAUGAACCGACAAGCUUCCUUCAGGCCAUCAAGUUCUAUCUGUGCCUCAGCAUUACGAGGAACGGCGCAAGUUCCAUCGACAAGGUCUUUGAGGUCUGCAGCGAGAUUUUCUGGCUUAUGCUCAAGUUCAUGCGACCGCCUUUCAAGAAGGAAAUUGAAGUCAUUCUCAAUGAGAUUUACUUGGCUCUCUUAUCCCAAAGGAAUGCUCCGAUCUCACAAAAGCUGUACUUCAUCACAAUUCUCAACCGCCUUUGCGCCGAUCCGAGGGCCCUGGUUGAAAUCUAUCUCAACUACGACUGCGACCAGACUGUGGACAAUAUUUACCAAACCAUUAUCGAAGACCUGUCCAAGUUCUCCACGGCUCCGGUCGCUGUGACCGCGGUAAACGAACAAGUAUACGAGGACACAAGAGCCAAAACGCAAGCGGCCGGCGAAUGGCAACUUAAAACUAUCCUGCCACCUCCGUUGACUGUAGCUCACAUUAUCCCGCAGCCAGAGCCGGAACCUGACUACCCGAAAGAAUAUGCGCUGAAGCGUAUUGCUCUAGAAGGCCUGGUUGAGGCUUUAAAGUCACUCGUCAAUUGGUCGGCGUCGGUGCGGCCUGAAGCCGGUGUUGCGCGUGCGGAAAAAGACAGGAAAAUCUCUACUGAUGAGUUGCGCGCGUCCAUCGAUCCCAGUAUGAGCGAGACACCAUCGCGGAUUGACACCCCUUUGCCACCGUCAACGCCUGUACUUGAUGACGAUCCGGCACAGCUGGAGAAGGAUAAGGCGCGGAAAACGGCAUUGACCAACGCGAUUCGGAAAUUCAACUUCAAGCCCAAGCAUGGUAUCAAAGCCCUCAUCGCCGAGGGCUUCAUCGCGACCGAUAGCCCGGAUGAUAUCGCCAAGUUUCUGCUCAAGGAAGACAAGCUCGACAAGGCCCAGAUUGGAGAAUACCUGGGCGAAGGAGAUCAAAAGAAUAUUGAUACCAUGCAUGCCUUUGUGGACUCGAUGGAGUUCACCAAGAGACGUUUUGUCGAUGCUCUCCGUGUUUUUCUGCAGUCGUUUCGUCUGCCAGGCGAGGCACAGAAGAUUGAUCGAUUUAUGCUGAAAUUUGCGGAACGUUACGUUCUUGGUAAUCCGAAUGCAUUUGCCAACGCCGACACGGCGUAUGUGCUCGCAUACUCGGUCAUUCUCCUCAACACCGAUCAACACAGCAGCAAGAUCGCGAAGCGCAUGACAAAGGAGGAGUUCAUCAAGAACAACCGAGGCAUCAACGACAAUGCUGAUCUUCCAGACGAAUACCUUAUCGGUAUUUAUGACGAAAUUGCUAGCAACGAGAUUGUCCUUACGAGCGAACGUGAGGCUGCCGCCGCCGCCGGCAGCGCACCUGCGCAGUCCACUGGCCUUGCUGCGGGCUUUGGCCAAGCCUUUUCUGGCGUUGGACGUGAUCUUCAAAGAGAAGCAUACAUGCAGCAGUCUGAGGAAAUCUCGGUGCGAUCCGAACAGUUGUUCAAGAACCUGUUCAAGAGCCAGCGCCGAAGUGCUACCAAAACGGGCCCGAAAUUCAUUCCUGCAACCUCUUUCAAGCACGUUGGUUCCAUGUUUGACGUGACGUGGAUGUCUUUCUUCUCAGCACUAUCAUCGCAACUGCAGAAGGCUCACAGCCUCGAAGUGUGCAAGCUAUGUCUCGAGGGAAUGAAGCUUGCUACCAAGAUUGCCUGCACCUUUGAGCUAUCAACACCAAGAGAGGCCUUCAUCUCCGCGCUGAGAAAUACUACUAGCUUGAACAAUCCUCAGGAGAUGAUGGCUAAGAAUAUCGAGGCCGUCAAAAUUAUUCUCGAUCUUGGACAGACCGAGGGCAAUGUGCUUCGAGAAUCAUGGAAGGAUAUCUUGAUGUGCAUUAGUCAACUGGACCGACUACAGCUCAUUUCUGGUGGCGUGGAUGAGAGCGUCAUCCCGGAUGUCUCUAAAGCUCGUUUCAUGCCCCCGCCUAGAACUGAAACCUCGGACUCGAGAGCAUCAACAUCCUCACGGCCACGCAACCGCCAGCGCUCGGGGACGGGAUCCCGUGGCUUCUCCCAUGAGAUUGCCUUAGAAAGUCGUUCCGACGAAGUAGUACGAGGCGUCGACCGCAUCUUCACAAACACAGCCAAUUUGUCUGGCGACGCGAUGGUUCAUUUUGCCAAGGCACUCACAGAGGUUUCGUGGGAUGAAAUUAGAGUCUCCGGCUCUAACGAUUCUCCUCGUACAUACAGUUUACAGAAGAUUGUGGAGAUCAGCUACUACAACAUGAACCGCGUCAGGUUUGAAUGGAGCAACAUCUGGGUAGUUCUCGGAGAGCAUUUCAACCAAGUCGGUUGCCACAAUAACAUGAACAUUGUCUUCUUCGCCCUGGACUCCUUGCGACAGUUAUCAAUGCGCUUCAUGGAGAUUGAAGAGCUGGCCGGUUUCAAGUUCCAGAAGGAUUUCCUCAAACCAUUCCAGCAUGUUCUGGCCAAUUCAGACAACGUCACGGUCAAGGAUUUGGUGCUGAGAUGCUUGAUUCAGAUGAUUCAGGCCCGCGGAGGCAACAUUCGCUCUGGAUGGCGAACCAUGUUUGGCGUCUUUACAGUCGCAGCUCGCGAGAGUUCCGAGAGCAUCGUGAACUUGGCCUAUGAGAAUGUUAGCCAAGUUUACAAGGACAAGUUUGGCGUCGUUGUCACUCAGGGAGCCUUUACUGACCUUAUCGUCUGCUUGACGGAAUUCUCCAAGAACCUCAAGUUCCAGAAGAAGAGUCUGGCUGCGCUAGAGCUCUUGAAAUCUAUUAUUCCAAAGAUGUUGAAGACGCCAGAGUGCCCUCUUUCACAGCCACCGGAGAGUCGACAAGAAACGAAGUCAACCACGAAAUCUAGCACGUCAAUCGAGGAGGGAUAUUGGUUCCCGGUCCUUUUCGCAUUCCACGAUGUGUUGAUGACAGGCGAGGAUUUAGAAGUACGGUCUAAUGCCUUGGAGUACUUCUUCGCUACCCUGAUCAAAUAUGGCGGUGACUUCACCCCUGAAUUCUGGGACAUUCUCUGGAGACAACAGCUAUAUCCUAUUUUCAUGGUACUGAGAUCACGUCCUGAGAUGGCAAAUGUUUUGCACCACGAGGAAUUGUCUGUCUGGCUCUCAACAACUAUGAUCCAGGCGCUGAGGAACAUGAUCACGCUGUUCACUCACUACUUUGACUCUCUGGAAUACAUGCUCGAUCGCUUCUUGGAACUUCUUGAGCUUUGCAUUUGCCAAGAAAAUGAUACAAUUUCUCGUAUUGGCAGCAACUGCUUGCAGCAGCUCAUCCUCAAAAAUGUUACCAAGUUCGCGCCGGAGCACUGGGCGAAGAUUGUAGGAGCAUUCUGCGAGCUGUUCGAGCGCACAACCGCGUAUCAGCUCUUCACGGCCGCGAACGGCGCAUCCCCGGCAGCACUGUCUCUGCCGUCUAAUGGUAUAGAUUUUUCCAGUGGUCUAGGCACUGGUGGAGAGCCUGUUGCGGACGAUGGGUCGCUCAAAAUCAACGGGGGAGACGAAAAUGAUCAUGCGUCUGACAGUGAAUCUAUGAACAGACCAAUCUCACCGCGACCGCUGGAUGACGAUGCACGACGACCAUCCAUUGGUGCUACAAGCCAAGCUCCCUUGGAAGAGUUCAAGCCGGCGUCCACACUACAACAGCAGCCCGUUGUUGUUACUGCGGCGAGAAGGAGAUUCUUCAAUCGCAUCAUUUCACGUUGUGUUCUGCAACUGCUCAUGAUCGAAACCGUCAACGAACUUUUCAGCAACGACACUGUGUAUGCGCACAUCCCAUCCACAGAAUUGCUACGCCUAAUGGCACUCCUCAAGAGGUCCUUCCAGUUUGCAAGACGCUUCAAUGAGGACAAGGAGCUGCGCAUGAAGCUGUGGCGGGAAGGUUUCAUGAAGCAACCGCCAAAUCUCCUGAAGCAGGAGAGCGGAGCAGCCGCCACAUACGUGUCCAUCCUGUUCCGCAUGUUUGCGGACAACGCGCCAGAGCGUCUCGAUAGCCGAGCGGAUAUCGAGUCGGCUCUUGUGCCACUGUGCAAGGACAUCAUAACCGGGUAUUCUACACUUGUGGAGGAGAGCCAGCAGCGCAAUCUCGCGGCCUGGCGUCCUGUGGUGGUGGACGUGCUUGAGGGAUACGCUACCUUCCCGGACGAUGCGUUCAAGACGCACAUUGGCGAAUUCUACCCGCUUGCAGUAGAGCUGCUCCAGAAGGACUUGACUGCCGACCUACGGGGUGCUUUGCUGACGGUACUGCGUCGGGUAGGCGAAGUGUCUUUAGGUAUCGAAGGCAUGGCGAGCAUGGCGGAGAAGAGACGGGAGAGUGUUAUCAGCACCGUAUCCGAUGCAACGGGCGGAGAUCACGAGCAGGCUGCGCGCAAGAUGCUGUGA